AUGUUUUGGAUUUUGUUUCUGGCUGAUCGCCAAAUAACCACAGACUGGAGUCAAUUCGCAUCUGAAGAUAUGCUUGUUUCGGCUUGCGAAGUAUGCGAUUUGGUUGUAGAUAAAUUCAGAAAAGGAGAAAUAAAUGAUCUUCUUCCUCAAAAUAAUACAGAAUGCGCAGACAGUUCAACUACAAAUCCAUAUUGUGGACUUAUUAAAAAUAUAACAUCAGAUAUUAACGCUACUUUCAAAAAUAAAAUCCCAAGAAAUGCUUGCGAGAUCAUUUCACCCUGUGUUUCAUUUUCUCAAAAAGAAUUUACUGGAGAAUUAUGUUAUCCGUGCAGAUUUUUAUAUCAUUUCUCAAUUAUGGUCAAUGUUACUGACAAAGUGCAAUUUAUUAAAAGAUUUUGCACCACAACACGCUCUACGUUUGCUGCAUUAUGUUCUCGAAUUGAAUCCGAUAAUACUGGAAAGUUCUGGAAUAAUCUCCAAAAAUCUAAAAAUUCUCUUCAACAAUGUUAUCCAUUCUGCCGUAAAGCAGAAGAUAGACAAGCUAGAAUGAAGAGAUCUCAUAGAUUUGACAGAGAAUUAUAA